AUGUCGAUAAUGUUCGCCAAAUCUCAGCACGCACUCAAGCCUUCGCUCGAGGAAGUCCAAUCGGCGCUCCUCUCCGCCAAUCCUGCCGGCAACAUCAUCCCUGUCUACACAUCAUUGCCCUCCGACCUCCUCACACCAGUCACUGCCUACCUCAAGCUCUCCAAUGGCGCCGACACUUCCCGUCGCUCUUUCCUCUUCGAGUCCGUAACUGGCGGUGAGAAGAUCGGCCGCUACUCGUUCAUCGGCUCAGAUCCUCUCAAGAUCAUUCGAACCGGUCCCGGGCUCGACGCACAAGGUGAUCCGCUGCUCGCCAUCGAAAGAGAACUCAGCCCAUACAAAUACAUCCCCGUCCAAGGCUUGCCCACAUUCACCGGUGGAGCCAUCGGCUACAUCAGCUACGACUGCGUCCAGUACUUUGAACCUCGAACCAAGCGCGAACUCAAAGAUGUGCUUGGCAUCCCAGAAAGCGUUUUCAUGAUCGCCGACUCGUUGAUCGUGUUCGACCACGUCUUCAGCACCGUGCGCUGCGUCAGCCAUGUCCAUCUCACUCCAGACCUCGCCAAGAAUGCCACACCUGCCGACAUCGAAUCGCUGUACACCAAAGCAAACGACAAGGUCAACAAGUUGAUCAGCACCCUCGCUUCAGCCACAACACCCAUGCCUCAGCAGCCUCCCAUCCUUGCCGGUCAAGAAGCCGUCUCCAACGUUGGCAAGGCAGGCUACGAAGGCUUUGUCACCUCCCUUCGCAAGAACAUUGUCAAGGGAGACAUCAUUCAAGCGGUCCCCUCACAACGUCUCACCCGCCGCACCACACUCCACGCCUUCAACUGCUACCGACACCUGCGCCAAGUCAACCCUUCCCCCUACAUGUUCUACGUCGACUGCGGCGACUGUCAGCUCGUCGGAGCAUCCCCCGAAACUCUCUGCAAGAUCGAAGCCGGCAAAGUGGCAGUGCACGCCAUCGCAGGAACCGUGAAACGAGGCGCCAACGAUGCCGAGGACGCCGAGCUGGCCUCGCAGCUCGCCUCGUCGGUCAAAGACCAAGCCGAACACGUCAUGCUCGUCGACCUCGCGCGCAACGACAUCAACCGCGUCUGCGAUCCCGCCACCACCCACGUCGAAACCUUCAUGAACGUCGAAAAGUUCUCGCACGUCAUGCACCUCACCUCGCGCAUCACCGGCCAUCUCCGCGACGGCAAGUCGCGCUUCGACGCCUUGCGCUCCAUCUUCCCAGCCGGCACCGUUUCGGGCGCACCCAAGAUCCGCGCCAUCGAGCUCGUCAGCGAGCUCGAAGGCGAGAAGCGCGGCGUGUACGCCGGAGCGGUCGGGAGGAUCGAUUUUGCCGACAGGGAGAUGGACGUGUGCAUCGCCAUCCGGACGAUGACGUUCAAGGAUGGGUAUGCGUACCUGCAGGCAGGGGGUGGGAUCGUCUAUGAUAGCGUGGAGGAGGACGAGUAUGUGGAGACGAUCAACAAGCUGGGUGCCAACAUCAGGUGUAUUGCCCAGGCGGAGGAGUAUUACUCUCAACAGCAGAAGGCGUAG